GUUAAAAGCAGAUCUGAAGAGGUGUGUUUUGAGAAGGCUUUUGAAGGUGGGAAGGUCUGGUUUAAAUACUUAUCGUUAUGAAGUUCCUAACAUUGAGGUCACACUGCGCAUGCCCAUGGCUUCCUGAGUUGUCACGAAUGAGUGUUAUUUGUUGUGUAGUCUCUUACUGAAUAAGUCCUCGCGUCUUACUAGAGUGCACUAGGCAACACAACGACACCGAUAAUACUAACGAGUACCUUGAUGACCUGUAAAGUAAAAGCCGGGCCAACGUUUGAGAGAAAACCGCCAAACGAACACGGAAGUGAGUAGGAAGUAGUUCUCUCUUCCGCGUCUUCAUCUCUUGUGUCCUUAUAGUGUCAUGAUCGCCGCAGCUCUAUGGCCACAUAUUAUAAUUAGACAGUGCAUCGGUCACGAAGAGCUCAAGGUUGACAAAUGUGACGAGUAAACACUGAAGGAGCUGCUGGUGCACCAUGGGGAACGCACCAUCCAAAGCUGACUGUGGAGAUGAGCCACCAAAGAUAACUUUAUUUGAAAAGGAGCCAGAUGGCAUCACCUACAGAAUCCCUGCUCUCGUCUAUCUGAGGCACAGUCGUACCUUCCUUGCCUUUGCAGAGAAAAGAUCUUCUCCUCGUGACAGCGAUGCCAAACUUAUUGUCAUGAGAAAAGGGGUGCAGAAUGCUGACGGAUCUGUUCAGUGGCUGUCGAGCGAGGAGCUGUCAACAGCAUGCCUGCCGCUGCACCGCACCAUGAAUCCUUGCCCAGUGUUUGAGAAAAACACCAGCACCUUGUUUUUAUUCUUCGUCUGCAUCCUGGGCCACACCACUGAGCACAGCCAGAUCAUCACAGGUAAGAACAAAACGCGCCUUUGCUACGUCAGUAGCGGCGACGACGGCCGCACCUGGAGCGAGGCGAAGGACGUCACGGAGAGCGUUAUCGGACAAGAUAUCGGCAAGUGGGCCACGUUCGCGGUCGGCCCCGGUCACGGCGUCCAACUGGAGAACGGGAGGUUGAUCAUCCCAGCGUACGCCUACUACAUUCCCUAUAGGUGCUUCUCCUUCCCUGUUCCUCACACCGUCUGCCCACGGGCGCUGACCAUCUACAGCGCAGACUUUGGCAAGACUUGGCACAUUGGCAAGAUGCUGCGCAGGAAGUCAUGCGAGUGCGAGAUGGCGGAGAUCAUCGAUCACGAGGGCAGAAGUCACCUCUACUGCAACGCUCGCAACUCCGGAGGCCACCGACGCGAGGCGCUGAGCGAAAACAGCGGCGUCUGCUUUGACAAACCCCGCACGGCCCGAGAGCUAGUGGAGCAGCCGAGAGGCUGUCAAGGUAGCGUCGUCGGCUUCCCCGCGCCAGAGUUCAUCCCUUGCGAGGACGCAGAGAACAAAGCGUGUGACACGUCCCCGGACACCCAAACGUGGCUCCUCUUCAUGCACCCCACCAGCCAGCGCACUAGGCGGGACAUGGGCGUCUACCUGAACCGAUCCCCCCUGCACUCCAGAGGGUGGGACCGGCCCAGGAUCCUCCACUGCGGGCCCAGCGGGUACUCAGACCUGGCCUACGACCCGGACAAAGACCAGUUCUCGUGCCUGAUGGAAUGCGGAAAGGAAAGUGAACUGGAGCAGAUUGCGUUUGUGUCGUUCACGCUUAAAGAUGUCAUGAAGACAAACAGGAAAAACAACAACAAAAUGUGCUGAACAACAUAUCCCAGCAUGAAAGAUGCUAGGCUAACAUCUCUGUGUUUACUAGUGUUCCUCUCGUGCAUGCAGGAUGUUUACUUCAGUUAAGGAUCUCUUCAAAUGGUGGCCAUUCUAUUUUAGAAUGGUGGCCAUUCUAUUUUAGAAUACCGAUAUCACUUUUAUUAAAGUAGUACAACUAUUUAGAUAGGGGUUGUUAUGACAGUGUGAAGACAAACAAACACAUGGAAUUGAAUUAGGUUUCAUUACAUAGAAAUAUGAUCAGAGUUUGAUUCUUGCCGGGGCGACGCAUUCAUUAACAGACGGAUCAGGUCACAUGGUGUCAGAACACUGCCGUUAAGUUGAGAACUUUGAAUACAUUUUUGUAUUGUACAUUUUUUUAAUAGACAGUGUAAAAAAUUCAUUGACACAUUUUAAACAUGCACAUAGAAAGGUAAAGUAUAUUUUGGGUAUUUAAUGUCAGUUUUUAGAUUUUCGCCUCACAUCCAUCUUUUUCAGUGACGGUUCAUUGAUCUAUUUUUUGGGGUCAUCGUUUUUCAUUUUGACUUCCUCGUUUUCAUUUCACAACAAAAAAAUCAAAUAGCUCUUACUGAAAAAAGAUGUACCUCAAAGCGAUGGUUUUUUUGCAACUUGCAACUGCCAAAAAUUAUUAGCUGACCACAAAAAAAAAAAAAUAUCCUUGUGCCUCUGUGUGACACAUACGAGCAUAGUUUACAUCAGUUGUCCCCAAACUUAUUGAGUCGGGGGCCACAUUGGGUUAAAAUAAUUUGGCGGGGGCCAGGCUAUAUAUAUAUAUAUAUAUAUAUAUAUAUAUAUACACACACACACAGUGAGAGUAAAAAGU